UAAGGCUUUUUCCCUAGAUCUUCUAAGGGAAACAAAUGCGUUGCUUUUUUAUUAGUUGACUAAAAAGUAACUAAAGUAUUCAUUUGUUGAUACAUGCUGUCAAAGUAAUAAGUGCUAGCCCUCCUUUGACAUGAAAUCACUGGUUAAGUAUCCAGUUCUAUUUCCUGGUGCUUUCAUUGUCCAACAAUUUUUUCCAGUUCAGGUUCUCUGAUUCUUGGCGAGCAAAUCGUGCAUACUGAUGAGUCCGAAGACCAACUAGCUCUUUCUAAUAAUAAACCAAAUUUUCAACUUACCCCAGUUCCCUUCUUCUUCUCCACAAUUCAGUUAUCUCGCGUCACCUUCCUUUUUUUUCAUUUUCCUUUCACUACCAAAACCACCACCACAGCCUCCACCACCACCUUUUUAUUGUUUUCCCUCUUCCUCCACCACCACCACUACUGACACCACCAAAUGUCUAGUGUUUCCUCUCCCUUACUUCCCAAUUUCUAUUGUUUUCCCUACUCCACCACCACAAUGCACAUUCUAGUACUAAUGUUUAGUGCUUUUACAUGUACAGUAUAUUAGCAGGAAAGGCUUUCGGGUUUGUGUCAAAGACCUGUAUGAGGCAAAAUACGACCCAUUCUUCAUAUCCUACAUAGUUUUGUCAGGUAAGAACUUUACCGCAAAAAAAAAAAAAGAUUUUUUACGGCAUAUCUUUCCAUGUUGUCUCUUAUCUGUGACUCAGUACCGUGAUUUAUACGCACAGACAUCUGUCCAGAUGGAUGGGAUUACUUCAAUGGAUACUGCUAUUUAACAAGCUUUGUAUGUGCACCUUGGGUGACUGCAGUGUCCAACUGUUCAAUGAUGAACUCACAUCUGGUAACAGUGCACAACCAAGAGGAAAAUGUCUACAUACAGCACCGUCACAAUGGAGAGCGAUCAUGGAUUGGCCUUAAUGACCGACGCGUUGAGGGAUCGUUUGUGUGGACAAACAAGGAAAUAUCCAGUUUUCAGUUCUGGGCUCCGCAACAACCAAACAACUUGAAAAACGAAGACUGUGUCCACGCCCUUGGUGCGAAAGAUGGCUACUCUUGGAACGACGUGUCAUGUGAUAACUGCUAUAACUAUACUUGUGUUAAAGGCAAGUUUUGGGUUACCAUAGAAAUACUACAAAUCCAAACCUUUGUCACCAAUAACGAGGUUUGAAGAUCACUUCUGCAGUAGUGAGUUUUUAUGAUAAUUUUGUCGCCGUGUUGUUGAUCAGAAUUUUAUAAAGUCUGCAUUUUAUGACUCUCUUUCAGGCAGUAGUCUAAAUAUUUAGGUAAAGGUAACCCCUGUACUUAUUACUCUCAGUUACUCUAAAAAAAAAAUUCCUCAUGUGAAUGAUAAUACUGCUACCAAGUAGGAUCACGGUAAUAAAAUGGUCUUCAUUGACUUUUCUUCUCUACUACAGAAAUUGACGAAUGCAUCAGCAAUUAUCACAGGUGUGAUCCAAACGCUGCUUGUGAGAAUACCGUGGGCUCAUACAUUUGCACCUGUAAAGCUGGAUUCUAUGGAAAUGGGAAAAAGUGCUUUGGUAACUAUCACAAUCCUUUGCAUUCUGGUUAGCUGUUGAGUUAACAUAUUUACCCUUUAAGGUACCAUAUUUUUAUCCAAUAUGUAUGGACCAGAACUUACUAAUAAACUAAAAACUAACUAAGAAUUACAAUGAGCAUUCUUGAUCUUCGUUUUGAAAAUUAAUUAGCACAUAGAACAUCUGUUAUUAUUAAAAACUGUGUCCUAACGGCUCCCUCUGGGCUCAGUUUUGACGUUUAAUGUGAUAUAUAUACAUUUUUUGUUCAACUUGUCCAUCAGUUGGUUUAAACUUAUCAUAUAUUGCCAUACGUCAAAACAAAGUAGUAAAAAAUUACCAGCACAUAAUUUACUUAGUCAGGAUCCACUGACUACUCAGAUGAUCAUUUGUUUUCUCCAUCAUUAGGUAUUGAUGAAUGCAGCAACAAAACCCGUACCUGUGAUGUGAAUGCAGUGUGUAGCAACACUCAAGGGUCUCACAACUACACCUGCAAACCUGCAAAAAUGUCAAUAAACAUACCAGUUUUCUGUCAAUUGUGCUACUUGCAAACGAGAAAUUUUAUCAACGUACCUUCGAAUAGUUUGACUCCAAAUUUUGUAUCAUUAAUGUAGCUAUACCAAAGACAGUUAGGCCUAAUUUGGUAGGUGUUUAGUUACAUUAUUCUGGGUCUAAAUUUCUUACAUAGUUUCUUAUACUGUGUCAUGCUUGCAACACAGUAUAUAAAACGCAGAUAUUAUUGCUGGCUUUAUAAGUUGUAAAGUAGCCAUAUCCUGCCAAAUGUCUAAUAACAAUCAGUGCUAAUGUCAUGUCUUCCAGCUUAUAAGAACUGCGGUGAACUGUACAAAGCUGGAAAGCGAACAAGUGGAAUUUACAAGAUCGACCGAGACGGUGCUGGUGUCUUUGAUGUCUACUGUGACCAAACAACAGCCGGUGGGGGGUGGACAGUGUUCCAGAAGAGACUGGAUGGCUCGGUUAAUUUCUACCGCGGCUGGAACGACUACAAAAAAGGGUUCGGAAAACUGAAUGGCGAGUUUUGGCUCGGACUAGACAAAAUUCACCAACUGACAAAAACUAAAAGCAAACUUCGAGUGGAUCUCGAGGACUUCAACAGAAACACAGCUUAUGCCGAGUACAGCUACUUUGCUAUAACAGACGAGAGAAGCAAAUACAAGCUGAGUCUUGGAACUUACUCCGGUAAUUGUAUUACUUACUUAAUUAAAAACGGA